AUGGUUUCGACGAAUAAUUUGAAUCAGUUGGAACCAACUUUUAUGUAUACCCAGAUAUUCAAGGAUAUUAUUCUUGGUAUGGAACAUGGUAAUCAAGCCAUCAAACACUUUACUGCUUAUUGUCGAAAUAAUAACAGCGUGUCCCAAAAAAAUAUUGACCGUUUUGAAAAAGAAUAUCAUGCUCAGUCCGCUAUUUGGUGGUAUACGUUCCCAUUCGAUAUCUAUUCCAUGCUCAAUUAUGGUCUUCGAAUAAUGGACGCUGAUAUAUUUAUUACUAUGGGUUUUUUUCUACGUGAUCUACAUGAACAAAUUCAACAGCUAUACGAGCAGCAAUUUAGCGCCUAUGGUGGAAAGUCUUUUGUAGUUUAUCGAGGACAAGGUCUUAUGAAAUCAGACUUCGAAAAACUUCAAAAAACUAAAGGUGGACUUAUAUCAUUUAACAAUUUCUUGUCCACCAGCAAAGAUAAAGAAGUGUCUCUCGAAUUUGCUCAAUGUGCCUCAACAAAACCAAAUACGGUGGGCAUUCUCUUUAUAAUGUUUAUUGAUCCUCGUAUCAAAUCAACACCAUUUGCCACUAUCAAAGAGAUGAGUCAUUUUAGAGGAGAAGAUGAAAUUCUCUUUUCCAUGCACACCGUCUUUCGAGUGAACGAAAUUAAACAAAUGGACAAUAACAAUCAACUUUAUCAAGUUGAACUACAAUUAACGUCGGAUGAUGACCAACAAUUACGAUUACUUACAGACCGGAUACGAGAAGACGCUGAUGGUGAUAAUGGAUGGGAGAGAUUGGGUGACUUAUUACUUCAAAUUGGUCAAUUUAAUAAAGCUGAAAAACUUUAUAACGUAUUACUCGAGCAGACAUCCGAUGCGGGUGAAAAAGCAAAUUAUUAUGUUUGUUUAGGAUAUACUAGAAAUCAGCAAGGAGAUUAUGAAAAGGCUAUUUGGUAUUUCGAACAAGCACUUAAAAUUCAAGAACAAGAUCUUCCUUCAAAUGAUCCUUUAUUGGCUACUUCAUACAACAAUAUCGGUAAUGUGUAUGACAAAACGGGAGAGUAUUCAAAAGCACUUUCAUUUUACGAAAAAGCACUUGAAAUUCGCGAAAACAUUCUUCCUUCAAAUCAUUCGUCAUUGGCUACUUCAUACAACAACAUCGGUUUAGUGUAUAAAAACAUGGGAGAACACCAGAAAGCACUUUCAUCUCAUGAGAAAGCAUUUGAAAUCUAUCAAAAGUGUCUUCCUUCAAAUCAUCCUUCAUUGGCUACUUCAUAUAACAACAUCGGUAUGGUGCAUGAAAACAUAGGAGAGUACUCGAAAGCACUUUCAUCUCUCGAAAAGGCACUUGAAAUCUAUGAAAAAACUCUUCCUUCAAAUCAUUCUCAUUUAGCGGAGUCAUACAACAACAUCGGUACUGUGUAUUACCAGAUGGGAGAGUAUUCAAAAGCACUUUCAUUUUACGAAAAAGCCCUUGGAAUUUGUCAAAAAAGUCUUCCUUCAAAUCAUCCUCUGGUGGCUACGUCAUUCAGUAACGUUGGUAGUGUGUAUGACAACAUGGGAGAAGACUCGAGAGCACUUUCAUCUUACGAAAAAGCACUCGAAAUUCGAGACAAAUCUCUUUCUUCAAACCAUCCUGAUUUGGCUAAUUCAUACAACAAUAUCGGUAAUGUGUAUAAAAACAUGGGAGAGUAUUCAAAAGCACUUUCCUUUCACAAAAAAGCACUUGAAAUUGAACAAAAAACACUUCCUUCAAAUCAUCCUUCGUUGGCUACUUCAUAUAACAACAUCGGUACUGUGUAUGACAACAUGGGAGAAUACUCGAAAGCACUUUUAUUUCACGAAAAAGCACUUGAAAUUGACCAAAAAGCGCUUCCUUCAAAUCAUCCUGAUUUGGCUACUCCAUACAAUAACAUCGGUUUGGUGUAUAGAAAUAUGAAAGACUAUUUAAAAGCACUGUCUUAUUUAGAACGUGCUUUGGAUAUAUUCCAACAUACAUUACCUCCAACUCAUCCUAAUAUAAAAAGUGUGAAAAAGAAUAUUGAAACCGUAAAAGAAGAUAUGACAAUGAAUGUUUGA